CAUGACAUCAUUCACGACGACAGUCGAUAUACGAAAAUUCGAACGCCAGUCAAAAGAAGUAUUAUCCUUUUAUGUUGCAAAAGGGUUUUAGUUACUGCAACAAAGUUUUCGCGUCGCUUGCACGAAUCUUCGUUUGAGCAACUUUGCGGGAUCGAUCUUUUAAGUCCUCGUUUCAAAUUCCGUACAAUCGGUUUUUCUUCAUCAUUCUCUAUUGCUCCGAAUUAAGUUUUCAAUUCGCAGUGUACUCAAUCAUUUGAAAUGAUAAAUCCUGUUUUAUCUGAUGUUAAGGAACUGUGAAAACAAGGUAGAUAGAAAAAACGCGUAAAGGUUGUCAUCGCGCGCGUUGUCGAUGCUCGAGUCCUCGUUGCUCGCACGCUGACCACUUCGGUUCAUAUACUCUGCGGCAUUACAAGAAAUUCUCACGAAGCGUUAGCAGCUUUUCACAAAGGAAACGGCACAGCUGGGAAAAAUAGCUGUUAAAAUGCUUUAGUUUUUCGCCGCCCGUCGCUUGGGACUUAAGGUGAAUCGUGGUGUUGUUUAAAUCAAUAACAUUUUUCGUUCGAUAGCGUGGUUUAGUAAAAUGUCACUUCUACAGACGCUGUGCUGUGGUUGGCAGACUUUCCACCAAGAGCAGAUGAGUUAAACGAUCCCCAGCGUGUUGUAUGUUCACUUCGAGCGCAAAUGGAUAUCAACACCCAUGGAAAUGGAAAAAUCAUUGAACUCCAGUCGAAAUUUUAAACUUCCACCGAUUCAAGGCGCUGUUCCGGCGGCGAGUAUUCUUCGGCAACCACCAAGGCCAACUUGGCAACAAGAUCAAGCGCGAGCCAAUGCGGUUGCCUUGCCGAAUCAUGGCGCAUCAGUUAAACCACGAGCAGUAAUUCACAUCCCGAAGGAUCCAUUCCCAGGACGAUACAGAAGUCCUCAUAUUAGUCACAAAAUAUCGAGUGUAUCGACACAGAGACUCGCUUCAAAUGCAGCGAUCGACGAGAAAUACGGCGAUUCGAAGUUAGAUUUUGCACCGCGCCGACAUCAGCUUCCGCAGUCGUACUCUGUUCUACCUCCGAUUCAGAAACUCAAAGAGCCAGUCGAUAGAGGAAGGCAGGUAACUGCGGCACAAGACAGAACUUCUCGCGGGGAAAAAGAGAACAACAAUUUAAAUGUUACUAAUAAACCAAUUGGGGAUAAUAGCUCGCAAAGUGAUAAUCAAAAAAACGAUGACCCGCGAAAAGUUGGCAACAGUAAUGGCAAAAACGGCGACAAAAAUUGUUCCCGCGUUGAAGCGGGAAAAGACUCGUCUUCCAGAAAGAAACAGAAAACAGACAAUCAGGAUAACGAGACUGGAGAAAGAAAACAGAGCCCUACGACGCUGUUGUUUUUAAAGGGAAAACGUAAAGGUCGAAGGGUCGGCGUUUGUGUGGAAAAUGAACCGGCUUUAAUCAACAUAACUGAACAGCUAAAAGAAAUCUUUCUUCGCAGAAAUAUGGAAGAAAUGUACCUAAUUUAGCAGUGUGCACUUGACAACCGAGUUUCAAAUGGGCAGGUGUAAGUUUAAUUUCGUGAAAGCUGUAUUUGUUUACAGUUUAACGCAGCAGUGAGGACAGGAUCUAAAUUCACUCUAAGAGUAGUGAAAAUCGGUCGAGAAAAACAUCCUACCGGUCACGUUUCUUGCAUCAUAGGCCGUGUGAAACGUGAAAGUUUUCAAAGCCUUUGCUUCGUCGCAUCUCGGUUAUUUUCUGUCUUUCACACUGAUUAAAAAGUCAAAAGCUUGGGAUUACCAUAACAACUGAUGAAAAUUCGACAAUUUUGAGUCUCCUUUGCCAGCUUAUUUAUUACGUUUUUCCAUCUGUGGGUUCGCUCUCUGGCCAUGAAUUGAAAAAAGGUUCGAGGAUUUUCCUUGAUGAUGGAAAAACUAUGCAAAACAAAUUGAAGCGAUUACAAAUCGUACUCAAAGAAGGAAAAGAACAUUUCCUAUUUAAAUAGAUCCAAUAACAUUUUACCGCUUACAUAUGGUUUUACUUCUCUUAACGUACCAAGCAAAUAGACGAAAUCUAUGCCGGUUGAAGCGUUGAAAUAGAUUAGCACUGAAUUAAUCUUUUUUGGUUAAAGGCGCUUUAUUGAAGGAAAAAUGUCUUAGGGAAAGGUGAAUUAGUGCUAUAAUGACACCGAACUUGGCUAAAUGUUACUUGAAACGAUGAAGCUUUCGGACUCAAAUAUAACUCAGAUAUAAAAGAAGUAUCACGUCUGCAAGACUAAAAGCUUAGUCAUAUUUAUUCAUAGAAUUGCGACAAACUUUUGGAAACAUUUGCAAAUAGACUAUUUAAACCUGUGAAUUCGCUUCCGAAGAUUAACUUCAAUUGGUUUCCAUUUUAAAAUUUUUGUAACAUAAAGCUUUUAAUGUUUUUAAGA